AUGAGGGUUGGCGCUGCGCUGGCAAUCCUUUUUGGAUUGGCUGCCACCCCCUCUCUCGCAGCGGAUCCGAUCGACUGGGACAAUAUCGUCUUUGAAUGGGUCACCGUAACAGUGACAGCAAGCACCUGCCAUCCACAUACAACUACGCUGUUAUCGGCUUUUAUACCGACAGCUGAAUCCCAAAAUACCUCUACCCCGACGGCUCCUACUGUUUUAGCGAGUUCCGUUACUCAAAUACCGUAUAAUGCCCCCGCACAGAUACUCGGGCAGCCAAUUGUCCAAGAAAUUGUAACUUCUGUCCCGCAUCCAACAAUACAAACCACAUGGGAAUCAACUGUGACAUAUGAAUCGUCGCAAUCAACGGUCCCUGUGGCGACUGCCACUCUUAGACCAGCCGUAGUAUCGGAUGCGAACUUAGCCAACCCGCAAAACCUACGGCCGAAGGUUGAACAUGAUCUGUAUUACGCAGGUGACAGCAACUCUAACGCCAAUGAUGCCACAAUGCCAAUCGCGAAUGUGAAGUUAAACUUCACCAUGGCUGCUGUGAACCUUGAAUCGUCGAAGAUCGAAUCUGUGACUUGUUCACCAAACCCUUCAGGUUCUGGAACGAUUAUGAAAAUAGUCUUUAACGACAAAGAGGCAUAUCAUGUAGCCAUGACUACCUGGCCUAAGAACGAUGACUUUCUUCUGAUUGGGUAUUUCCUGGGAUGUGGGGCAUACUCCUCUGGUGAAAGGUCCUUCAGCAAAGUCCAUCAAGUCGUCUCGAACGGAGUUUUGACCAUCACAGCCACUGUUGAGGAUCUUUCCAUAACUGAGGCUAUAACUGAAGGUGAAAUUAAAUUCGGGAGCUUCAAUUCUGGCAUCGCCUCGCGGAGCGAGACGAACACUACUGCUCCUUACUAUGGCGUUGGAGUUCCAAAUGAGUGCCUAGGCGACAAAACCAAUGACUUCGAUGUUGAAUUAGACAACAAACUCGGAGUUACCAAGGACCUUCCGUCUUUCGUUUCGAGGUUUAACGCCAAGAGGGCUAUGCGAAGGCGCCGUGAGGCCUCUAGAUUUUCACGAAUUCGAUCAGAUGAUGUUCCGAGCCAUAUCGAGAGAAGAUGGAGUAUCGGUGGAUUCUUUGAGGAUAUUGGAAAGGCUAUCGUUGACGUUGCCGAAAAGGUUGUGGAUACUGUAAAAGACAUUGCCGAGACAGCUUGGGACGGAAUUAGUAGCGCUAUGCAAAAAAUUGGAAAAGAAAUCAUAGACGCUGGUAAAACAAUUAUCGGAACCGUAGCGGACUUUGACUAUAUUGAUACUACGGCCUCGUGGGACACAUUCCUGUCCAAAAAGACUAAGUUUCCGAAAUCUGAAAAGAUUGGCUCAAAAUGGAAUACUCCCUGGGGUUUACCAGGACACCUGCUCGGUGCAGAUACCGAAACCGAUUCCAGAAUUUUCUGUGUCAAUUGUGGCGUCAAAGGUGAUAUCAAACUCAACGGUCAUCUUACUUUCAGCCUUAAGGAUGGUUUGAAGGCGGCAACCUUCACCAUGAACGGAACAAUGAGCAGCAAUCUUCAAUUUGGGUUCUGGGCACAGGCCAAAUUAGAGGUUAGCACCUCAACUGAGCUCUUCGAUAUUCCACUUGGCCCAAUCACAGUACCUGGCCUUUUCGAUAUCGGUCCGCAGAUCGUCGUCAUGGCGGAGGCAAGUGCUAGCAUCGCUACUGCUGGUAUGAUGACUGCUGGUUUCUCAAUGAAUUGGAAUCCAUACAUGAAGGUUGAUAUGAUCGACUGGACCACGGAAACAAAGGGAUGGGAGCCUACCCUCCACCCCAUGAUUCAACUAGACGGCGAAAUCGUCGCUACAGUUGGCAUCGAAAUGCCUAUCAUGCUUGGAUUUGGUGUCAAUCUUUUGAAAGGUUGGGUUCUGGAGCAGGUUGUAGUCUCAGAAACUCCCGGUGUUAGUUUGUCCGCAAGAUAUGCUGGUCAAGUCCGAGUCAAUGAUAAGGAGAAGUGGGCUGGAAUUGAUGGAGCUAUUGAUACAGACGAUGGGUUUACUUGUCCCAAUAAGAUCGCAUUGUUUUUGGACUUCACAAACUCGAUUGACUUCGCUGUGACCGAUGUCAUGAAAAAGAACUUGGGUAAGGCCACGGUCCCUCUUUACAGACAGUGUCUCGGAGGAAAUCCAAGUUCAAGCUCGACCUCGACCUCAACCUCGACUACAGCUACAGAGUCGACCGCAGAGUCGGCAACAUCUGCGACAUCCACAGAGACUUCUACUACAAGUAUUGAAACUCCAAAUCCAUACCCUACACCAAUCUUAGAGAAGCGUCAGGAACAAUCCUUUACAACGUUAACCACCAUGACGACUUUUACAACUACCGAAGACAAUCCAAGUGGAACUACAACAUAUACCACUAGCUCCAUUGUUACUUCCAUAGUUCCCGUUGUUACUGCCUCAACCUCGACCCUAUCGGAAUUGGACGGUACCACAGUUACAUUCACCGAAGCAAGCCCUACAACGAGCCAAGGCAGUGGCAUAGAUAGUUCUGAUCUCACCGUCUUCCCAAAUCAUUCCAACACGACUACAACCAAGAGCAAAGAGACAUCCACCUCUAGUAGCUCUAACAAAGUUAGCUUACAAACUACUAGGUCAACGGCGAGUUAUGGGACUGGAACUUUGGUGACAGUGGUUUCUCAGGCUUCCUCUACUCUCGUCUCCUCUUCAGUUAUUACAACAACCUCUACGUUCUCUACCACUCGUUUAGUCAGCAAUGGAACAACAAGCUCUGGACCCGCUGAAGGGACUACCGCAUCACCAGUUACCUCAACUGCGACAUUUACUAGCGUUCCUUCAAUCCAAAACACGACAUCGGUGUAUUCGAGAGGAAAUAGUACUGCCACCACAUUCUCAUCCACUACUACUUCGACUUUGACUUCUGCUUCAACGGCACCGACGUCGGCACUAAACUUCCCUAAGGUGACCAUCAAGGAUGCCGCUGACGGACUCUUCCUCAACACUAACGCAGAUGGAACAUUAUUCCUCUGCAAUGGUAACUGCGGCUCCCCUGCAGAGUUCUACACCCGAUCCUCCGUCGUUGUUGGAGACACUCACGAUCGUGUUAUUCACAUCUAUUCUCGAGAGUUGGAGACCUAUGGUGUUAGCAGACUUCGCCUGCACAAUCUUGACAAGCUGCCGAAUACCUCUGUCAUUGUUGGGUUGUACGAGUUCCAGCCGACUAAGGUUGUAGUGGUCUCUUCGGCACACCCUGAUGUUUUCUUCUUGCCUGUGGCAUGUAGAAUUGAAGGACAACAGACUAAGAUGUUUGUGGUGAAGGAGUUGGAAAGUGGUAUCGAGACUUUGAAGAGAUUAGGGUCGAGUAUCGCAGGUGGCAAAGUUCUCGAGUGCUCAGUAAAGAAUUUGGAUCUUGUAACAGUUUGA